CCAACCAAUUACUUGUCCAAACGCGUUGACGCGCUGCGCUACGCUAAAACACCACCAUCAUCAUCACAACAUUUCACGCAUAAGCAUGGCCUAGCAAAGUUUAUCUCGAAAUUAAGUCAAAUGGACUAUUUUCAGAACAUUUCAUCUCAAAUACCACAUCCCCUGUUGUGCUGUUAGAAUCCAUCCCUCCACUUUGGGCCUGUACCAGCUGCAAACCCGGUGCCUUGAAAUUCCGUCCCGCUUCUGGCCUAAACAAGAGGCUCCCACCAUCAUCCUCUACAAACGUCAGCGCAAACUCCCUGCUCCAACAAAACGCAUCGCCCGAUCUCUGGUCUAGAAGAAAAAAAGUGUGUGAACGCGAUUAAUUUCUGCCGCCGAGGUCUCAACGCUAAACGGCUUGUCUCACGGUUUCACUCUGGUGGCUUUUCGACUCCGCCACCUUUCAGCUGCCUCGUCUUGACCUCCCCGCUGCGCAUCACGAUAUCAUCACUUGUCAACUAGCUUGAUGCUGUCGACAAGCUGAUCUUUUCUUCUGUCACUCUCUCCGACCACGUUCUCUACCAAUUUCUUUCGUUCAUCGCUCGCAUCAUCCGACUCGACUGUUUCACCGUCACCCUUUCGACACCGUUCACCACGAUACCCGUCACACCUUCACGCUGGACGACUACACGAUUCCUUCGGCUCCGGCCGAACCUGCAACCAUGGAACACAUCAUGAGUUCACCUCCCCAUGAGGUCCCACUGCCACCGCCGGGUCAAGAUGAGACUCUCGGAGGCAUCGAAGAAUCUCCCCACCCGAAUGGGUUCCAUCAUCAGCAAAGCACAUCCCUCGAUCAAGGGCUAGCUCAAAGUCCACGACAAGAAGACCCUUCCACCAGAUAUACUCCUCCCGUCCAAACCGCACCACCAAUUUCCCGCCCGGCCAGUGGCUUGUCCAACCCCGCACAUCAAGCCUACAACGACUAUCGACAGAGUUCCGGUGAGCCAUCAUCCAACGGUCGAAACCAUGUUGUCAUCAAGGUCGGAAUGGUUGGUGAUGCACAGAUCGGCAAGACCUCGUUGAUGGUCAAGUACGUCGAGGGAAGCUGGGAUGAGGACUAUAUCCAAACGCUAGGUGUCAAUUUCAUGGAAAAGACAAUUUCCAUCCGUAACACAGAAAUCACCUUUUCGAUUUGGGAUCUCGGUGGUCAACGAGAGUUUGUCAACAUGCUGCCUCUUGUGUGCAACGACGCUGUCGCUAUCCUCUUCAUGUUUGAUCUUACUCGCAAGAGCACAUUGAAUAGCAUCAAGGAGUGGUAUCGGCAGGGACGAGGGUUCAACAAGACGGCCAUUCCGAUUCUCGUCGGUACAAAGUACGAUCACUUUGUCAACUUUCCUCCCCAAGACCAAGAAGAAAUCUCAAAUCAGGUACGAGCGCAGCGAGGAAGAGCCCUCCGCUAGGAGCCCCCGGAGGGACAUGACUGACGACAACAGGCGAGACGGUUUGCUAAAGCCAUGAGAGCUGCAUUAAUUUUCUCGAGUACAAGUCACAGCAUCAACGUGCAAAAGAUCUUCAAAAUUGUCCUAUCCAAAGCGUUCGACUUGAAAUGCACGAUCCCCGAAAUCGAAAACGUCGGCGAGCCGCUCCUUUUGUAUCAGUCCGUGUAGUCGACCGAUUUACGAGUAAAUGUUGAACCUGACAACAUAACGACAUGCGACGCGAGAAUCGCAAGCAAACAAUUUCCUUUGUCAUUACAUACAACACAACUGGAUCGUCUCCUUUUCUUCAAACUUGAGAUUACUAGGGCAAAUUACGGAAGGGGUCAGGAUUCACCUCUGGGAUAGAUAAACAUGGGUAUUGGCGCAGGACCGCAUUAAUGUGGCCAGCUUUACCGGUCGGUGGUCACGGCGGGCUAUUGAAGUAUUUGAGAGAUACAAUCGACUGUUAAUCGUAUUGGUGUAUGCUAGAUGUAGAUGAAUGAUGUGUCCGAGGGUAUUGACGUGUUGAUGCUGGUGGGAUCUGUGACCAUGCAGUCGUGUUGAUUAUUGUUUAUUUGUUGUGAUAUCGCUG